AUGCGUGCUUUCGGACUAGUUCAAUCCCCAGGUUUCAUGGUCCGUAGCAGGCCCGGGCCGUCUGACUCCACUUCAACUUCGUUAGCGGAGGCCCCGCUCAUCUCCGAUACGAGUGUCCCGCGAAGCAAUACGAGCCCCGAAACACUCCCUUCGACGAUUUUGGAUCCUACAUCCAACAUUGUGGCUCUCAAGUUCAACGACACCGUCAAUGUGUACGGCGUCGCCGCCAAAUCAAAGGUCAUUGCGCUUGUCAGUCCUUUUGUCGAGCCCAUUACACCUGAGGCUAAGGCGGCAAAUGGCAUGAUCGCAGGGUGCACUGCGCGCAAAGCCUGGAUCGUCUUCCAGAACCAAACUUCCUCCAAGGAGAACAUUAUCUAUCUCAGCGAUGUAUCAGACCCGAGGGCCAAAAAUUCGGCCUUGGCUGCACCGGAUGUCCGGGACAAGACGGCGCUGAGCAUGUUCCACGAUACCAAGCGCUUGUGGGUUGUUUAUCAACACACCAAGGGAAAGAUUGUGGCUUACAACAACAAAGACCAAUCCGACGUGGAUGUGUCUCACGACAACAGUCUGUUCAUUAAGGGAACAGCCAUCGCCAGCGUAUUCAUCCCCGUCAGCAUGAUUGAUGCAUCCAAGAAUCCACAAUUCAAAGCAUCUACCUUGCUCGGCCGCGUCAUCAUCUACUGGGUCAGGUCAUACAACGGCACUUCCCAAUUGUAUCGCAGCCACGCAGAUGUGGACUCCAAGUCCACCGGUCUUGUGUUCUCAACUCCCAUACCAGCCACUUCUGAUGCUGUCGAAGUCCACGAAACAGCGCAGAUUGGGUUCGUCCUCGACGAGAAAGACCAACUCAAUCGUUUGUAUGUAUCGAAACUAGGAGAAGACAACAUCUCCCAGGUCUCAGACAGCUGGUUCCCCGAGGAGGAGGGCGGCAAAGACGGUAAGGAUCAGAAGUGA